AUGAGUCGUGCUACUGAGCGGCUGGACGCGUGCGAGGGCGCGGCAGCGUACCGCGUGGCAAGCCUGCUGCAGCGGCCGCGCACGGUCGAGGUCGCCGGCGCGGAGUCGCUGCGCGGGACGACAGCGCAAAUAGAGCAGUUUCUUGCUAUGGCGUCACGAGAGCCUGCAGUGCGGAUAGAGCCGGAGUGUAUGCAGUCGGGUAGUGGCGACAGCAGUGGCGCGGAGGAGCUAGCGCUGGCAGACGAGGGGCCUACCCUGCAGCUGAGCGUUGUCGCGGGCGUGCUGGAGGAGGUGGACGUGGCCGCGGAGCAGCGCGGGAUAUCAUCCGUCGACGGGCUUGUACUGCCGACUGCGGCAAACCAACAGGAGCUCCAGCGGCGCAAGGCAGAGCAGGCGCAGGCGAUGCUGGACCUGCUGAGUGCGCUUUCGCCGUCCGCGCCGGCGCCGUGCGGCCGCCGCGGAGCGUCACACACGGCGGCGCACGUGCCGAGCAGCGACGAUAGCGACGACGGGGUGGUCGUGAUGGAUGCGAGCGACUUGAUGGGGGAGGACUCGAACGAGGACGACGCACCGGCGACGCCCAGGCGCAUCGUGGAGAUGGACUGA